AUGUCUGCACCGCCCACGACAACGACACUGGCCUCGAGGUAUCCACAAAUCACCACAUCGACCCUUCCAGCGUUUGCGCAAGGUCAGGUUGUGGGUCACGGAGAAGGUAUCCAUAGUUUCCCCGGCUUCCACCCCUUUCACCAGCAAGACUUUGGUCAAUGGCCCGGUCAAUCUUUUGCAGGAAACAUGUGGCAGCAAGAUUAUGGGCUAUGUGAUGGGUUCUGGGGUUCGGGCGCAGUUACCACUCACCAAUUUGCAUCUCCCAUGUCGAUCCCUGAGCACAUGGGCCAACAUCCUCCAAGCAAAGGCUCAACUCCAGCCUACAUGAGCGAUGAGCUGCCACACGGACUGCGGCUUGGUCAAAGUGGUGACGGUACGAUCCCAGUCGGCGGAGAAGAAACCACGCAGGGGCAGGAACGCCAACGAAGCGAAGCAGCCGACAGCGAUAGCGGUGGCACGAGCCCGACGAGGGCAGAUGCGGUUUCCACGAGCGACGAGAAACGCAAGAUACAGAACCGACAAGCCCAACGUGCCUUUCGGCAACGGAGGGUGAAAUAUGUGAGGGACCUGGAAAAACAAGUCAAGGAUCUCCUCCUCCACGCCGAGGCACUGAAGCAUGAAAACCAGAUGCUGAGAGAGCGGACUCGGUGGUUGAACAAUCAGCUGAAGAGUCUUCACUGCCGGGUAACAAGGCAGAGUUCUUCAUGA